UUAUUUAUAUCUCAGUAAGAAUACAGUCUCUCGCACGUGUCUGAACUGUAUUAUACUAUCGUGUUAGAAUUUAUAAUUUCAUCUAACCUUUUAUAUAUCUUUAUCAAAUGAAAUAAAAUGGAAACAAAGUACGAAGUGAAACAUUCUGAAGUAUUGGGGAGAUAUCUUGUUGCAGCAAAGAAUCUGAGAGCAGGCGAAGUUAUUUUAUCCGAUCGUCCAUUCGUUCUGGGGCCAAGUAGCGAUUCUUCUUUUGUUUGCUUCAACUGUUACCGUCCGUUGAUCAAUAAAUUUUUCGUCUGCAAGAAAUGUGCAGUCGCUCCGAUUUGCCCAGGGGAUGGAUGUCCAGACGAGCUAACCAAAUGGCAUGUUCAAACAGAAUGCGACUACUUAAGAGAAGUCAAAUUAAACAAAGGAUUAAAUCCAAUACAGAUGGUCCCAAAUGUGGGGUCACUGUUGCCGUUUCGGGCAAUGUUACGAAGAGAUAAAACUGUUAAGGAAUGGGAACAGUUUAUGAUGCUCGAAACACAUUUAGACAAGAAAAGAGACAGUAGCAUGUUGGAUUAUUAUGAGAAUACCGUUAAGUUUAUCGAUUUAAUAGGCCUCAUCAAAAAUGAAUCGGAUUCAGAAUUAGUGCGAAAAAUCUGCGCAGCAAUUGACGUGAACAGUUUCGAAGUGAGAGGACCACCGAUACCUGGUAUUGGAUGUGCUGAAGUGCUUCGAGGGGUUUACUUACAAGCAGCCCUACUGGCCCAUGACUGCACGCCUAAUACACAAAUUGCAAUUAACGAUAAUAAUGUUCUAGUCUGUAAUGCGACUACGGACAUCAAGAAGGGUGAUGUUAUUUAUUACAAUUACACAGAUCCAUUGAAGGGAACCGCAAUAAGACAGCAACACUUAUCAAUCGGGAAAUAUUUUCAAUGCACAUGUAAAAGAUGUUGUGAUGUAACGGAACUUGGCAGCUUCAUCAGCUCAGCACUGUGCCCAGCAUGCAAGACUGGAUAUGCUUCUAAAAGUGGUGACGUUUGGGAAUGUCAUAGCUGUAAGAAUAAAGUUGACGAUUCAGUGUUGGGAUAUAAAGUACAAUGCUGUUCGGAUAAAUUAGCAUCAAUAAACAAGAAAGACGAAAAAGAAUUGGAAGAGUACAUUAGGAAUGUUUCUCUUGUAUUAGCCCCGAGUCAUUAUUUGUUAUUAGAUGCUAAACAACGUCUUGCUGGGGUUCUCAGGGAUGCGAUUCAUAGAGAACCCAAACCAACGAAGAAAAUGAUGCGCCGUAAAUUGGAACUAUGUCGCGAGUUAUUGGCCGUGCUAGAAAUAUUGUGUACAGGAAUGAACAGAACUAAAGCUAUUACAAUGUACGAACUGCAUGCAAGCAUCCAGCAACUCGGAAAAAAACUAUUUGAUGCUCGUGAAAUUAAUGCGCAGAAGUAUUGUGAUGAACUGAUAGAGUCCGAAAAGCACCUCAAAAGAUCUAUUGAAAUGCUUUUGAUUGAACCGGGUAACUCACCGGAGGGCGAACUUUGCUCAAGAGCAUUAGAAGAAUACCGCAUACUAAAAGAUACACGGUCCAAAUUACUUGAGAACAUAAAUGAAGAAGGAAAAGUUUAUAUUACCGAAGUUGAUGAUGAAUCCUUAAAUGAUGUUGAUUAGUGCUUGGGUACCUAUCUGCCUAUAUGUAUAAUAAAUGUCACUAAACCUGU